CCAACCUGCUUUUCUGCCGGCAGACGAAAAUUCGUCGAGGUUUACCCAGCUUAAAAUGGCUGUUCUUUUGCCGGUUGGCGUUUGGCUAUUGACUGUAAUUCUGGUGGAAAUGGAUGGUGUUAAUGGGAGUUUGCAGCCGGAAACUGUACGCUGCGAAUUGUUAAAGAUUCCGUUGUGCCGGUCACACGUGCCGUACAAUUACACCAUGAUGCCCAAUCGAUUCCAUCAUGAAACACAAGACGAAGCCGGCCUAGAAGUUCAUCAAUUCAUACCGCUAGUGCACACAAAGUGCAGUCCGGAACUGGCCAAGUUCCUCUGCAGCAUGUAUGCGCCCAUCUGCAUGGAGAAUUUCCACCGGCCUAUUCCCGUUUGCCGAUCCGUGUGUCUGCGUACCAGGGCGGCCUGUGAGCCGGUUAUGGCACAGUAUGGUUUCGAGUGGCCUGAGAGGAUGCAGUGCGCAGUUCCCGAGUAUAAAGAAGACGGUGAUCCGGAAAAUCUGUGCAUGGACUGGCUCAACGGCUCCGUGCCGGAUCAGCCGGAAGCGCGACCAGUGCCACCGCCCCGGAGCGGCGGCAGCACCAAGAGUACCAAAACUCCCAUUUCUUCGUCAUUUCCGCCGCCUGUUGUUGCAACCUGCCCUCCCUGCAGUUGUCCUAAGGAUUUAUCCGUGCCAGCGAUUGAUGGCACCAGUUUUGCGGGAUUAGCCGGCUGUGCAAGUCCCUGCCGGAGUCCAUUUCCCAGCCGCAAUGAGUGGAUGAUUAUCGAAUAUUGGAUUGGUGGAUGGUCUGUGUUGUGCUUUGCCUUGACCUUUUUGUCCGUUCUUACAUUCCUGCUUGACCGAAAGAGAUUUUUGUAUCCGGAGAGGCCUGUCGUCCUUAUUACCGGGUGUUACCUGAUGGUGUCACUGGGCUUCGUAUUACGACUGUAUUUUGGGCAUUCCGAUGUUUCGUGCAGCGGAGGAGCUUCCAGGUGGGUGAUUCUGUCUUUUACGUGGUACUUAUCGACUGGCCGGAAGUGGACGACGGAAGCGCUGGCUGCGCACUGGAAAUGGUUCCACUUAGCAGCGUGGGGACUGCCACUGGGCUUUACCGCUGUCGUCCUGGGAACACAUUCCGUCGACGGCGAUCCGGUAGCCGGGGUGUGCUAUGUCGGCAUGCAUGACCCCAAUGACCUCUUGGUCUUCGUGACGGCACCGCUGGCUGUUUACUUAGUGAUCGGAGCCGGUUUCAUACUGCUGGGAAUGUGCUCUUUGUGGGGCGCGCACUCGCAGAAGGGUCGACUGAUUUCCCUGUCCGACAAGGAGGAACACCAGCGCUUCCACCACCAGAUGAACCGGAUUGGGGCCUUCGCCAUUUGUACGUUCGUCCAUUUUGCCACUUUCCUUGGCUGCACAAUAUAUGAAAUGCUGUAUCGAGAAGACUGGGAACGGACGACACUGUGCAAUUGUAAAGGAAGUGGAAGCCAGCCGAAUGUUUCAGUAUUAUAUAUCAUCAAAUAUUUAGCGAUGUUGGUUGUGGGUGUUAUUUCUGUGGGUUGGUUUCUGAAUUUAAAGACGGUAAAGUCUUGGGGUUUUGUAUGUUGUGGAUCCCGCGCAAAAGCCCAGCAAGUAAUUGCGAAGGCUGAUGAGUAUACUUUGACCAAAUCAACGGAUCCAUUCCUGCGACUGCAGUGUAAAUACUCGUUAAACGCGGUAUAGCUCCGUGGCAGUUCGCGCUGUGUCUGAUGGAUCUCAAUUUUGAAAUUCUCCGUUCAGAAAGCCAUACA